AUUUGCCUCUGCAUAUACUGGCGUAAAUAUUUUUUCCGUUUUACACUAUUACUUGGAGAAUUAUUUAAGACAAGGUAAAAAUGCAGGAUGUUGCUGGGCAUUUUCUGCUGUGGCUGCUACAGAAGGAAUUAACAAGAUCAAAACAGGAAAAUUGAUAUCAUUAUCCGAGCAAGAACUAGUUGAUUGCGACACAAAUUCAAAUCAGGGAUGUGAAGGAGGUCUUAUGGAUGAUGCAUUUAAAUACAUUAUUAAAAAUCAUGGUCUUACUUCAGAAUCUAAUUAUCCAUAUAAAGGAAUUGAUGGCACUUGUAAAACUGAAAAAGAAUCGAAUCAUAUCGCGAAAAUAAGUGGUUACAAAGAUGUUCCAGAAAAUAGUGAAUCGGCUUUGCUUAAAGCUGUUGCGAAUCAACCUGUAUCUGUCGCGAUUGAUGCUAGUGGAUCGGACUUUCAGUUCUACUCGAGUGGCAUUUUUACUGGAAAAUGUGGAACUGAAUUAGAUCAUGGUGUCGUUGCAGUUGGUUAUGGUGCAACUAAAGAUGGUACAAAAUAUUGGAUUGUGAAGAAUUCAUGGGGUGUUAGUUGGGGUGAAAAUGGAUACAUUAGAAUGAAAAGAGAUAUUGUUGCUAAAACAGGACUUUGUGGAAUUGCUAUGAAAGCUUCUUAUCCAAUUGCUUAAAAUUAUUACAAGUUUGAUUGGGUUGUAGUGCCUUAAGCUAAGACAAUUAUUUGAUUCUCAUUAUUAUUAUUAUUCAUUUGCAAAUGUGAUGAUGGAUUUGUUCAAUGUAAAGAGGAUUCAAACACUGAGAAAUUAUUGUCCUUGCGCGUUCCAGUA